AUGUUUGGUGACAGGGUGAAAUACUGGACUACGCUCAAUGAACCAGACACAUUUACAGUGCAAGGUUAUGAUGUCGGUUUAGAAGGACCAGGACGCUGUUCCAUCCUUUUUCAUCUCUUCUGCAAAGUUGGGAACUCUACAACUGAGCCUUACAUAGUUGCCCAUAACGUUCUUCUUUCUCAUGCAACUACUGCAGACAUUUACAGGAAAAAGUACAAGGAUGAUGAUGUUAAUGUAUUGUUAUCCCUUCAAAAUAUGGAUGAUUCAAAUAACCCAUUUAUCCCUGCUUUGAAGGAUGAAAAAAGAAUCAAAUUCCACAAUGAUUACUUAACUAACCUGCUAGCUGCUAUCAGAGGAAUGGCGAUUAAGCUUUCAAGAAUUGUAGAGGGGCAUGGCCGCAUGGGAGCUGGAUUUGUUUUGCCAGUUUUUGUUUGUUAUGACGAAGAAGAUGAGGAUGUUGAAGUCAGUCUCCUGAGGUUGCCAUUGUUGGUGUAG